AAACCACCGCCUCGACCUACACAACCACCCUUCCCUGCCAACAAUGCUAAUCGAGCACACCUCCAACAGUGGCUACUUGACUACUAUGCUGCCAGUACCUUCAAUACAUGCGAACAUCAGCCCCUCCCACUUAUGCACGGUCCACCAAUGCGGCUUAUGGUCAACCCAGAUGCCACCCCGGUAGCACACCAUACCCCUAUACCAGUACCACUACACUGGCAAGAGGAUGUCAAAGCUGGUCUUGACCGCGAUGUGGCAUUGGGCGUCCUUGAGCCAGUACCAAUUGGCGAACCCGUCACCUGGUGUCAUCGAAUGGUCGUUUGCGCUAAGAAGAAUGGCCAGCCUCGCAGGACAGUUGACCUCCAAGCCUUAAACCUACAUGCCACCCGCGAAACCCACCACACCCAAAGCCCGUUCCACCAGGCUAGAUCUGUGCCUACCAACAAGAAAAAAACCAUCUUCGACUGUUGGAAUGGCUACCAUAGUGUUGCUAUACACCCUGACGACCGCCAUCUUACCACCUUUAUAACUCCAUGGGGCCGAUUUCGCUACAAGACUGCCCCCCAAGGGUACAUUGCAUCUGGUGAUGGCUUCUCGCGACGUUUCGACGAGAUUGUCUCGGAUAUUCCAGACAAAACGAAAUAUAUUGAUGAUGCACUUCUCUGGGCUGACAACAUCGAAGGCAGUUUUUUCCAAGCAGUAGAUUGGCUUGACACUUGUGGACACAAUGGCAUAAUCCUGAACCCCGAAAAAUUCGUAUUUGGACAGGACACAGUCGAGUUUGCUGGCUUUGCUAUCACCCCCAACCAUGUCCGCCCAUGCCAGAAAUACCUUGCUGCCAUCCUCAACUUUCCACGACCGGCCAACGUCACUGACAUGCGCUCUUGGUUUGGCCUAAUAAACCAGGUCUCCUAUGCAUUUGCUGCCGCAGACCGAAUGCUACCCUUUCGCGAAUCACUCAAACCUGGCUCACAAUUCACAUGGACAGAAGAGCUAAAUCAACUCUUCGAAGAAUCGAAGAAGGUGAUCGUUAACGAAAUCGAACACGGUGUACAGAUCUUCGAUAAGUCCAAGCCCACCUGUCUCGCUACUGAUUGGUCGAAAGAUGGGAUAGGCUUUUGGCUAUUUCAGAAACACUGCGACUGCCCUGCUGAGAGGCCUUUCUGCUGUAAAACUGGCUGGAAAGUUACCCUGGUCGGAAGCCGUUUUACCCACACCGCCGAAUCCAGAUAUGCUCCCAUUGAAGGCGAGGCCCUUGCAGUGGUAGACGCACUCGACAAAGCCCGCUUCUUUGUACUGGGCUGUGACAACCUUAUCAUAGCUGUUGACCACAAACCCCUCCUUAAAGUCUUUGGUGAUCGAUGUCUUGAAGACAUUUCCAACAUCCGCCUUCGCAAUCUCAAAGAAAAGACGCUUCGAUACCGCUUCCGCAUGGUCCAUAUCCCAGGCAUCAAACACAAAGCCGCCGACGCACUCUCACGCCAUCCAUCUGGCACCACCAACCCCGAAGCCAUGCCCAUCCCCGAUGACGUGGCCGACAUCAAUGCCAAUUCCCCCCCACCCAUGUUGAGCAACCCCGUCCUAGCUGGCAUCCGCACCCUUGAACCCGACACAUACUCAAUCACUGCCACCAUUGAAAAGCAACUGCUGUCAUCUGCCAUCAAAUCAACCCACUCCAUGGCCGUAACAUGGGACCGCGUCAAAACAGCAACAGCGAGCGACACAACAAUGGAGAAGCUCCUUUCAACCAUUACAGCAGGCUUCCCCGAGUUUCGCCACGAACUCCCCCCUGAUUUACAGGAAUUUUUCCAAUUUCGUGAACACCUCUAUGCCAUCGAUGGGGUUAUCCUAUACAAAGCUCGCAUUGUCAUACCCUCAUCCCUAAGAAGUCACAUCCUAUCCAUCCUCCAUUCGGCUCACCAAGGCAUCACCUCAAUGACCUCUCGCGCCGAGGCAACCGUAUUCUGGCCUGGCAUAACACCGGCAAUUCGAGCCAUAAGAGAAUCCUGUCAACACUGCAACCGAAUGGCCCCAUCUCAUCCAAACCCCCCUCCCACACCCAUCACUCCACCAAGCUACCCAUUUCAACUCUUAUGCGCUGAUUACUUCCAUUACCAAGGAGUCAAUUACCUCGUGGUCAUAGAUCGGUACUCCAACUGGCCCAUAAUAGAGCGUUGCAAAGACGGUGCAACUGGAUUAAUCCACUGCUUACGACGUAUCUUUGUCACAUUUGGAAUUCCAGAUGAGCUAGCAACCGACGGCGGACCUGAAUUUACUGCCACAUCAACACAAGAUUUCCUCACAUCCUGGGGAGUCCAUCAUCGCCUGUCAUCCGUCGCCUACCCUCACUCAAACUGCCGCGCCGAGGUUGGUGUCAAAACAGUUAAGCGCUUAAUAACCAACAACACUGGCCCUAACGGUACCCUUGACACCGACACCUUACAAAUUGCUAUCCUCCAGUACCGAAAUACACCCGAUCCCACCACAAAACUGUCACCAGCAGAAUGCAUCUUCGGAAGACCUAUCAAAGAUUUCAUCCCUAUUGCCCCUGGGCGUUACCAACCCCACCCUACCUGGAAAGAUACCCUUAUGACCCGCGAACAAGCACUUCGCAACCGUCAUAUGCGAACCACUGAAUGGCUGUCCGAGCACACACGCCGACUCACACCACUGAAAGUUGGGGACCAAGUCCGAAUACAGAACCAAAUUGGCCCCCACCCAAAAAAAUGGGAUAAAACAGGCUUAGUGAUUGAAGUCCGUCAAUUCGACCAGUAUGCAAUCCGUGUGGACGGGUCAGGCCGUGUGACACUCCGCAAUCGUAAAUUCCUACGCAAAUUCAUUCCAGUUCAACAGCGACAACCCCGACAUACUAUCACUGAGGAUUUACGGUAUCUACCAACCCCACAGACCAAAGCUCCUCAACCAACAUUGCACACCCCACCAACAGAGCCACCAAACAUCCCUAGCCCUACACCUCCCACACCCCAGUCCACAUCAAUGCCAUCUACACCAAACCACAUCACACUGGAGCAAACCCCUAGAAAACCUGAAAACCCUAGCACACCCAAGAAGCUACCUCUAGCUCUACGACGUUUACAGGAUUACAACAAAAAAGGACUCCAGGAAGAGUGA